AUGGAAGCGGCAGCUUAUGAGUCCCCUGCUGCACCUGCAGCUGAGCUUCAAAGAAAUAAUCAUCGACGCGAUCACUCUUGGAACUUUGUCACAAACAAUCCUCCUCUACCUCCCAUAUUAGCACCAUCAUCAACUAAUAAUCACACUCAACAUCAAGAACACGAACUAGUAGAUGGAAUAUGUAUACAGUGUCGUAACGCCCUCACAUCUGCAUUCGAACAUUGCCUGUCUCGUCGGACUGGCCUGGCCGAGUCUGAAUCCGUAAUACCAACCAUCGAAUCCAUUCACCAGAUCGACGAAGUAGCGGACGCAACUCAAUUGCAACCACCACCAUAUUUCGAAGUAGUCCCCGAUCCAACGUUAAAAACCAACAAACCACCAUUAUGGGAGGAUCCAGCUACCAAAGUUGCCAGAGAACGAUAUGCGUGGCUGGAAGCUCGUAAAGAUGCAGAACGGGAAGACCCAUCAAAUAUGUAUAUAGGCAAUGGUUCCAUGCCAAUGUUCUCGGGCAUACUGUAUAAAAGGCAAUUGGCCGCGAGGGAUCGUGAGAUUCGCAUGCUGAGAGAGAAGCUGUUUGACAAGGACAGGGCGGAACGGUAUGAACGAGAUAAUGCAGACAAGCUACGGCAUGCUUUAGGAAAGAGUAUGAGGUUUUAUGUGUAUGCCGAAGAGUGGCAGCAACAGGAGAGCUCUAGGUUGCAACGGGAUGUGAGGCUGCUGAAGGCUGAAAUAUCGUCUCUGAUGGCGUUUCUCGUUAGUGCUGAAGAAGAGCGUCGUAAAGUGCUAGCCCAAAUGGAGGAAUUGCAGCAAGUCAUCCACUCCAAAGAUGGCAGAAUACGGGAAGUUGAAUUAGCCCGAGACGAUUUCAAAGUACGGCUGCAUGCUUCAUUCAAGGAAACAUUGGCCAUGAACGAAUCUAUAGUUAAAUUGCAAGAGCUAGUGGACCGAGGUGGUGAAGUUGUCGCCAAACGAAACGAAUUACUACAGCAAGGUUUAGAACGAAUGUCUCAGGACUACGAGAAAGCCCAAUCCGAAGCUAUAGAAUGUAAAACCCGAGUCCGAGAUUUGGAGUUUGAAUUGGCAGAAAUGCAACGCCAAUUUGAUCGAAUGGGUAAUGCCAGAACUGGAGCCGAUAGAGAAUGUGAUCGAUUAAACGCAGAGUGUAUCAAGGCAUCUGCAGAAAUGAAGAAACUGAAAUCGGAUUUGGAUUCUUCGACAUCGUUAAAUGUCAAGCUGGAUCGAGAGUUAACUCUCAUGACACAACUACAAGCUACAACCAAGACAUCCCUCACCAGCCAAAUAGAAGACCUCACCACCAGCCUCGACGUCAUGACGAAAGCCAGACAGACACUAGAUACCGAAGCAACACAGUUGCGUGCUGAAUGCAAAAAACUGAAACAAAAUCUCGAUCACGUCACCAGAGCCAAGGAGACGUUAGAACGUACCAGUGGAGAAGAUAUAGGUAGAUUAGCGGCCGAUGUGUCUUCCCGAGAUUCCACUAUCCGAGAACUACAGUUCAAGAGUGCUGAAGACUCUCGAGUUCUUCGACAACUCAAGGACAAGAACGAGUCUUUGAUGAGUCAAUGUACAGACUUGAUGAAUGGUUUAGAGCACGAAACAGCCGAAGUCAAGUCUCUCAAGUUUGAUGUCAACAAGGGACGACGAGCUGCUGACGAGCAACGACUCAAGCUCGAAGACAGAAUAGACGAGAUGAAGAAGAAGAUGGAAGAAAUGGCUGCUAAUAUCGAAGCUCUGGAGCAUAAUAAGGUUGAUAUGCAGGCUGAGUUAGACAGACGAGCAGAAACAAUUGUGGAAUUAGAGAACGAGUAUGCCAGAUUUAAGGCCGAAUGUGAAGAUACGAUUACAGCUCUCAAGAAGGAGCUGUUGAUGUCUACACAGGCUCAUAUGGCCUUGCAGCAACAGCACAAUUCACUACUGGAGGCUCAUUACGGAUUGAAUGAUACGGAAUCCCAUUUACGAGCCGAUCAUGCGGCCACUACUGCCGAACUAGCUGCCAGGAAUCAAGAAUGUGCUGAUUUGAAGCAAACACUGGCAGAUUUAGAAUCCCAACAUGCCAAACUGAAUGACUUGCACGCUGGCCUGCAACGAGAACAAGAAGACAUGAGACGACAUCUCGACUCAAUCCAAAUCAAAUGCCGUGAACUCUCAGCCCAUCUCGGCAAUGUCGAAAAGGAAUCCGCAUCCACCAUUCGAGAAAAAGAAGCCCUCAUCUUCAACCUCACCAAGGAUUUACACCAUGCUCGUACGGAGGGCCGCCAAGCAAUAGACCAAUUCGAACCACACCGUAUUGAAAUGGAUCGUGUCAAGGCAUCGUUGGAAGUAGCGCGAGUCGACCUCAAAUCCGAAAUCCACGGCCGUCAACGCUGUGAGGCCAAACUCCAGCAGCUCCGUCUUGAAUGCGAAUACGAGAAAACCAAACGAGAAUCACUGGAAUCUACACUAUGUGUAGUUGGAUACCAAUCUGAAGUUCGGCAAGCUGAUAGGAUAUCCAUAUGCCGUGCCCGUGAUCAUUCCUUUGAUGAAGCUAGUCGAUUGCUCAAGCAACAAUUGGAACGGUUGAUGCAAACUGAAGAGCUGAUGCCGCUUGUUAUGAAGGGUGAAAGGCACGGUGGAUGGCGUCCGGAAGAUGAAGAUGAUAUUGUGUCUAGUCCUGCUGUCACAAUUGCCACUUUUGUUGCGCCGGAUUUCGAUGAAGAGUUCCCGCAUGCUAGAAGACAAGUGGGCAAUUUAAGUUUUGUAUCGAAUAGUGCGUCUGUUGAUAAGUCUCAGAGGAGUUCGAGAAUAGUUAAAAAGUAG